UAAGAAUAAGAACAAAAUUAACCAAUUGCCAUUCCAAUUUCAAUUUUGCCGGUCUUCGUCUUGCUCUUUUUUGGUUUAUACAUCUGGAUUUUUAAUUAUUAAUCCAGCUUUGAUAAAAAUAAGAAUAAAACAAUUUUAUCAAAAUCAAACCAUAAAAUGAUUGGUAAAAUAAUAUUUUUCUUGGCACUUCUGUGUCCUUCAAUAGUUUUAACGGAGUCGGAAGAAAAUUUCGCAAGAGCUCUAUCACCCGAGACAUUCGAUAAAGCAAUUGAAGAAAACAAUCAUUUUGUGAUGUUUUUUGCGCCAUGGUGCGGCCAUUGUAAACGCCUUCAUCCACUAUGGGAGCAAUUAGCCGAAAUGAUGAACGUAAAAGAAGAUGCAAAAGUAAUAAUCGCCAAAGUUGAUUGUACUGAACAUCAAAAAUUAUGUGCUCAACAUGAAGUCACAGGAUAUCCAACAUUAAGAUUCUUCAAGUUAGGCGAAACAGAAUCAGUCAAAUUUAAAGGCAGUCGGGAUAUGCCAGCUAUGACUGAAUUCAUCCAACAACAGCUUGGAUCAGAAAAUGAAAUCUAUAACGAAGAUGAUGAAGAGAACGAAAUCGAAAAAGACGUUCCUGCAGGAAACAAAUUGGUUGAAUUAACAGAAAAUAACUUUGCCAUGCAUGUAUCAAGUGGCAAUCAUUUUGUCAAAUUCUACGCUCCAUGGUGCAGCCAUUGUCAGCGAUUGGCACCAGUUUGGGAUGAACUUGCAAAUGCUCUUCAACACGAAACCUCAGUUACAAUUGCCAAAAUCGAUUGCACCCUCUAUCGUCCAAUCUGUCAAGAUUUCGAAGUAAAGAGCUAUCCAAUAUUGCUUUGGAUUGAAGAUGGAAAGAAAAUUGAAAAGUUUUCUGGCUCAAGAACUCUUGAAGAUUUAAAGGCAUAUGUAGAGAAAAUGCUCGGAGGAGCAUCCAAAAAGAACGAAAUCGAACAAGAGGAAGACCAAUGGAAGGAAGAAGACCUAGCUGGUGUUGUUCAAUUGACUGCUGAUGCAUUCGAGAAAACAAUCAAGAGUGGAAUAACAUUUGUUAAAUUCUAUGCACCAUGGUGUGGACAUUGUCAGAAAUUGAGUCCAGUUUGGGAUCAAUUAGCUGCUAACACACAUGUUAAAAAUUCAGGAAUUAAAAUCGCCAAGGUCGAUUGCACUCAAUCAAAUAAUAAGGAACUCUGUCAAGAGCAACUAGUAGAAGGUUAUCCUACAUUGUUUGCUUAUAAAAAUGGUCAAAAACUAGGCGAAUACGAAGGAAUACGAUCUCUGGAAGACUUAAAUAAUUACAUUGUCAAGCUUGUUGGCCACGACGAGCUGUAAUUCAAUUCAUUGUUCAUCAAAGAUUAAAUGAAAACGCAUUUCAAUUCACAUUUUUUAAUAGAUUGUGUGAUACUAUCAAUGUUUUAGUUUUAUUUUUAAUUAUUUUUUCCAUAAGAUCUUCGAUGUAUGUAUGUGCCAGAUCAGCAAGUUUAGUCAAAAGUGAUUAUAAAAGAAAACUUUUGCAAACAAAGUAACAAAAUAACCUUUUUUUUUUGUUUGUGUUUAAACGAGUUUUUGUUUUUAAUUUUAUUGAAAAAAAAAUAUACUAUUAUAUCGAACAGAAUAAAAAAAAAUUCGACCUUUUCUAAGUCA